UUCCUGCGUCGCCGCCCUUAGUGAGAGCGAGAAAGUGGAGAGAAAAUAAUUUCUGGUGCUUCUUGACAGAAAAAAGGGGCGACAGAGGUCUGUAGAGGAGCCGAACCAGCUUAUUAAGAUCUUGAAUCGUACUGGACGGAGGUCUGCCUUGCUGUAGCUGCACCCUGGAAGGUCGUAACCAUGGCGCUCUCGUUUAAGAAAGAUCUGGAAAAGUACAAAGAGAUCGACGAGGAUGAAAUCCUCAAUAAACUCUCCGAGGAGGAGCUCAAGCAGCUGGAGAGUGCUCUGGAGGAGAUGGACCCUGAGAAUGCCCUGCUCCCUGCAGGCCUGAGGCAGAAGGACCAGACGUUGAAGACACCGACAGGACCGUUUAACCGAGAUAGACUGCUGCAGUACCUGGAGAAAGAGGCGAUGGAGUACAAAGACAGAGACGACGUCGUUCCCUUCACCGGAGAGAAGAAAGGAAAAGUGUGGGUGCCUAAACAGCAGCCGAUCGAGACACGCAAGGAGGAAGUGACGACUCUUGAUCCGGAGCUAGAAGAGGCGUUGUCCAGCGCUACUGACACUGAGCUAUGUGACCUGGCAGCUAUCCUUGGAGUGCACACACUGGUGACGAGUACACAAAGCUAUGACGGGACCACCAGCACAGACGGCUACAACAAUGUAAUUAAAGGGGAAAAAGUGAAGCCAGUUUUUGACGAGCCGCCCAACCCGACUAACGUGGAGGAAACUCUGCAGAGGAUAAAAGCCAACGACCCCUCGCUCACGGAGGUCAACCUCAACAACAUUAAGAACGUUCCCAUCCCCACACUGAAGGACUUUGCCAAAGCCCUGGAGAAGAACACACACGUGAAGAAGUUCAGUCUAGCGGCGACACGCAGCAACGACCCCAUUGCAGUGGCUUUUGGAGACAUGCUGAGAGAGAAUAAGACGCUGAGGAGUUUGAAUCUGGAGUCGAAUUUCAUCACCAGCGCUGGAGUUCAGGCGCUCGUGGAGGCUCUGCGAGACAAUGACACGCUCUCCGAGAUCAAGAUCGAUAACCAGAGGCAGCAGCUGGGCACCACAGUGGAGAUGGAGAUCGCUAAGAUGCUGGAAGCGAACACCAGCAUAGUGAAGUUUGGAUAUCACUUCACUCAGCAGGGCCCGCGGGCCAGAGCUGCGGCCGCCAUCACCAAGAACAACGACCUCGUGCGGCGGAGGCGUAUGGAGAGGGACGCGUAGCGGAUCGUCUCGUUCGUUCUCCUCCACUCUCGCUCUCUCUCUCUCUCUCUCCAUCUCUCCGGAUGAGUCCUGUGCCAAACUACGAGAGAGAGAGAGGCGUUCUAACCCUGAAUAAGGGACACAACUGGAAAACCCACCAUUUGGCUCUCAACCACCUGGAUUUGUUAUUAUAUUAUUAUCGUCAUCAUUGUUAUUGUUGUUGUUAUUGUUUUUACAGCUGUAAAUCUUUUUUUUUCUGUAGCUUAGUCAUUCCGUUUCAUUUUUUUU